UUGUUGUAUUGAGCAUAGCUAUAGAUAAAUAGAAGCUCUCGAUCAGAGCUAUGAUUACUAAGAAAGAGGAAUUCCACUGUUGGUUUUUUUUUUGGAUAGAUAGGUAAAGCAAUUGGUGAACACCAAAAUUUAAAUCCGUAGCCUCGUCGUUCAAAGCCUCGCAUCGCCGCUGAUGUGAACUGGUGCUGCGCUGCGACCACAACCCAAACCCUCUACACUCUCUUGCAACAACCGUCACCAUGAACAAUCAGCAGUUUCGGAAGCUGGUACUCGAUACUCCUGCGCGGCAGAGUCUUAAUGGCGAUAACAAGGCGACACUUGGCGCCACCCCACGCCGCGAUGGUGGCGCCACAGCCCUUGGUUCACGGAUGCGUUCCAGCAUACCUAUGACGCCCCGGUCUGUAGCCACUUCCGGAGGCAACGAUUUUGCGCGACAACUUGCAGAGCGCCAGCGAGAAGUCUCUGGACAACAGCCGACGAAGAAGUUCCGAUCGGUUGCCGCGCCGAGAGGGGCAAAACUCGCAAGUGGAUAUGUUGACCGGACACAGAUGCGAGAGUCUGAGGUGGAGGAUGAUAAGGCUGAAAGAGUCAAGGCACUGGAGGAGAUGAUGAAACUACAACAGAUCGACCAAGCGACAUUUGAGAGGCUGCGAGAUGAGAUUAUUGGUGGAGAUGUCAACAGUGUUCAUCUUAUGAAGGGACUCGACUAUAAGCUACUGGAGAGGGUUAGAAGGGGGGAAGAUGUGCUGCAGGGGAAAUCGAAGGAAAAUGCGGAAGACGAAGGAGAUGAGGUUGAUGUUGACGACGAGUUUGAGAAGCUGGAAGAGAAAGAGAUCGUCCCUGUGGCCCGGGAGAGGGCAGCAAAACAUGGAGAGAUGGCGAAGGCAUCUUUGGUUCCUGGAAAGAAGAGGAAUAGAGAUCAGAUAUUGGCUGAGCUGAAGGCUGCAAGGGCAGAGGCGAAAGCGAAGGCUGGACCUUCCCUUGGUACGAAGUUUAAGAAGGUGGGCGCCUCAAGGGCCGAGCCAAGGAUUGAGAAAGACGAACGGGGGAGAGAAGUGCUUAUUACCGUGGAUGAGCGUGGAGACGAGAAGCGAAAGGUCAGAAGGGUGCAGGUAGAACAACCAAAGGAAGAGAAGCAUGCCUUGUUAAUGCCGGAUAAAGAUGCAGCACCUCUCGGAAUGGAGGUUCCUGAUAUACCGACUCCAACAAUUGAAGAAGAUGAGGACUUUGACAUUUUCGAUGAUGCUGGAGACGACUAUGAUCCUCUCGCUGGCUUAGACGAUGAUGUCGACUCCGAAGCUGAAGAUGGUGAAAUCGCGGAAGCACCAAGCAAGGAUGUACCGAGUCCGAGUCAGACCCCUGAAGAGGAGACGGCUUCACUUGAUAAGCUGUCUAUGCCACCACCUCCACGACCUAAAGCUGUUGUCAAAGCAAGGAAUUAUUUCGGCGAGACGGCACCAACGUCCAAAACCUCUGCCAAGCCCGCUCUUGGAGAUCCUACGAUUCUGGCUGCAUUGAAAAAGGCGUCGCAAAUCGGAGGUCAAGUCAAAGAAGCCAAGUCCGAAGAAGACGCCGCACGCGAGACGAAUCUUCAGAAGAUGCUUCAGUCGCAGGACCGCGAUGCUGAUGAUAUUGACAUGGGAUUUGGCAGCAGCCGGUUUGCUGAUGAAGAGGACUAUGGCGAUGAGAAGAUCAAACUCUCUAAUUGGGGCGGUGAUGAUGAUGGGGAGGAAGGGGGGGGCGAUGGGAAGGCUAAGAGGAAGCGUGGGCCGAAGAAGAGGAAGGGGGAUGUCAAUAGCGCGGCGGAUGUGCUGAAAGUAAUGGAAAGGAGGAAGAUGGAAGGCAAGUCUUGAGAUGGGGACAAGCCAUAGGGCGGUCCGGGUUGACAGCUACGCUGCUUCAACUUUAAGAGCAGUAUCUAGUAGGAAGGCAAGAUUUUAUAGGUCUUAAGGCUCAAACCCAAGCCUUGGAUUUUGAAUUCUGGACGGAUUAGGCCCAGAAGGUAAUAUUAAAUCCAACUGAAUUGCAAAAAUAGUUAUGAUUAUAUAUCAUCAUGGACCAGAAACACUCUCUUGCUCUUAUUGCUCCUGCCACUCCAGUUUAAGGCUUGUUGACCGUUUUCAUUCCUUCUACUUUACCACAUAUCACUUACACUGGGUCUUCGACUCAACAUCGCCCCUUCCGUCCAUAGAUUUCUGUUUAGGACACCAUACCAAGACAGCAGUUUGUUGUACCUCUUUUGAUUCAAACAAUCCAACAUACAUACACAAGAAUUUUAUUAGUUAC